AUGCUGGAAGUGCGAUUUGUCAGUGGUAGAGAUGUAUGGUUUCCCAUUAUUGAAUUGUCUUACUCUGCUAUUGAGACAUUUGCAGUUGAUGCCAACUUACAUCUUAUCUAUUUUGUGGACAGCAAUAGUAAUGAACUGAAAGAAUUGAAUAUAAUUAAAAGCACGGUAACACCGCUAGCCAGUGUUUCUGUUACAACAGGAGCAGUUCUCCAAAAGCUGGAUAGAAUUCGUGAUGUCUCCCUAACGUGCAGGCAUCGAAUGGAAAGUGAAAAACAUUUUAAACACAAGUUAACAAAUUUCGAUACACCCUGUAGUAAACUCAAUGAGAGAAGUGAUCUGUAUUGGAUUUCGGGAACAUCUAGAAAGGUCAUAAUGAAAGGAAACUGGAAUAGGAAUGCUCCCCUCACCAUUAUUUCGGGCGACAAUCUAGUUGAUCCAAAAUCUCUUCGAUACGAUGUGACUAGUCACCGAAUAUACUGGCUAGAUAAUUCAUAUAUUAGAAGCUCAAUGACCGAUGGAUCGGAUAUUCAAAGACAUGUCAUGGCAUCGGUUGCAACACAUAUAUCUAUUUCCAAGGACUAUUUCGGUUGGAUAGGUGGUAACAGUACAUACUUUGCGAGAAAGACUUCUGUGUCAUAUGAAGUAGAAAUAGAAAGUGGGAUGAUAAAUCAAUCACAUAUAACCGUGUUCGAUUCUUCCCUUCAGCAGGAUAGAAGAAGCAGUUGUCAAAUACUGAAUGGGGGUUGUGAGAACAUAUGCGUGCCGAAUCAAAAUAGUCACAAAUGUGAAUGUGAUUUUGGUCUACAGCUUAAAGAAGAUGGAACAUGCAAAAGCAGUAUAUAUUCGAGAAAUUUUAUUCUUGUAUCGGACACUUCCCAUGGAAGAAUCCUUCAAAUUGACAUCAACACAGGAAACAUAGUUAAAUUACCUACAAGUAUACGAGAUUCUCGAGGAAUUACGUUUGAUAAAUUAACAACAGAGAUCUUUUACUCGGAAGCCUCAACAAACACUAUAAUGUCUACUACAGUCCAUGGAGAGAACACGUCUUUGGUCUAUGCGACAGGUUUAGCUAUCGCACAUCGUAUCGCCAUUGACUAUUCAACGGGAAAUAUUUACUUCACUGCUGCAGUAUUUUUGUUCUGGACUGAAAAUAAAAUGGCAAUAAGCAGAUCGUAUAUGGAUGGAACAUCAAGAAUGUAUAUUGCAAGAAAUGAUACUGGAUGGCCGACUGGUCUGGCCAUUGAUUUUGCCGCCAACAGACUCUAUUGGGCAGAUGGUUUGAAGAAUACCAUAGAGUAUUCAGAUCUGAAUGGUGAUAAUCAAGGUAUUCUAAUAAAAGACGCUGACGCCCAAUUGAUGAGCGUUAUAGUUCAUGGACAAUAUCUCUAUUAUACUGCAUGGAAUCGACAACGCAUUACAAAAAUGGAUAAAACAACAGGUGUUAAGAUAACCUUUAUGUCAAAUCACCCAGAGCUUGGAAGACUGGACAGUCUAGUUAUGUAUGCGGACGAUACAGUUGAUGUGAACGCCAUUUGUUCUAAGAAGAACGGUAACUGCAGUACAUUCUGUUUUCCAACACCAACUGGACGAACAUGCGGAUGUGAGGACAGUGUUAAUUUGGAGUCAGAUCAAACAACAUGUCAAGGAGUACAUCGCUGCAAUACUUCUUCCCAAACGGUUAAUGUGCUUGACUGCCAUGCAUUUCCCGGCGAAACCUGCGAAUUUGAGUGCAAAACUGGAUUGAUGCCUGCUGUUUAUGCAUCUGUUAAAUGUGAUCUGUUUGGCCAAUGGAAUCCACCUUUGACUCAUCUCUGUGCAGAUCAAAAGAAGAGGUUUUGA